AUGGUGGAGGACAGUGAUGCUUUAGCUUAUGUAAGCACCUUGUACCGCCGCGUCCUGCUUGCUGUAAAAGCAUCAAAUGGAAUUCCAUCUGAAGAUGAUGGUUUUCAUUUUCACUUGCAAUUUAAUUCGGAGUUUGCAUCACGUGUCAAGAGUUCUGGUGCUAAGGCUGAAGCACUUGUACGACUCUUGACAAAGCGUCAACGUACCAAUGUAGAUGGAGAUAAUGGCAUGGACAAUCGAAAUGAGGACGAGGAUGAAGAGCAAGAUCUAUUUGAUGGACCCGAGCCUAAUGCACGCAUCACUGAUUACGCCGAUAUGCUGCUCGACGAAGCGUCGAAAAAUCUCACACGUUUUGUGUGUGGUGAGACAAAGACUUGUAGUGAUUCAAUUUCACUUCGACCAUUAGAAAAUAAGCCUCAGGUCUUUGAGAAGAAUAAGAAGAUGAAGAAGAAGGAGAAGGAGGAAGAGGAAGAAGGAGGAGGUGUAGUGAAAAAGACGAUGCGAGGAGCGCAGGACAAACCGCAGGACAGAUUCGAUGAAAAGAUUGACAACUCGGACGCGCCAUUUGUGUCUAAAUUGAGGGAUAAAGUGCAUGCUUUGAAUGAUGGAGCUACAGCUACGUUGCUAGAAGACGAAGAUGACGAGACGGUGUUGCGUCAUCCGUACUUUCAGGAGAUUAAGGGACUCAAGUAUGCAGCGUGGCAAUUGGAGGCGUCGAAAGAGCCUUAUGAGAGAGUAGAUCUGGAUGAGGCGACGUAUAUGUGGGUAGACUCGGAGGAGAAGCUGGUGCAGAUGAUGAAGUCACUGACUACUGCUGAAGUUCGUGUGAUUGCGGUGGAUUUGGAACAUCACAGCUACAGAUCGUAUAUGGGACUUACGUGUCUAAUGCAGCUUUCGACGGCGCACGAAGAUUUUUUGGUUGACACACUGGCGCUGCGGGGCAAGUUGCAGGUGCUGAACCAGGUAUUUUGCAACCCUAAGAAGGUCAAGGUGUUGCAUGGUAGUGACAUGGAUAUUAUGUGGCUGCAGCGCGAUCUUGGUCUGUACGUUGUCAAUCUCUUUGACACGGGUCGUGCCGCACGUCUGCUACAGUACCCGCGCUUCUCUUUGGCUUACAUGCUUAAGCGUCAUUGCAAUGUCGACGCCGAUAAGCAGUAUCAACUCGCAGACUGGCGCACUCGUCCGCUGGACGCGAACAUGGUGAAGUAUGCGCGCGAGGAUACUCGCUAUUUGUUGUUUGUUUAUGACCGUAUCAAAAAAGAACUACUGCAGGCUGGGACAAAGUCUCGUGAAAGCUUGCUUUUUCAGACGCUGCAAGAUUCCAGUAAACUCUGUUUGCAGGUGUAUGAGAAGCCUCAGUUUACAGAAGAGGAUGCCCUGGCAGUUGGUGAGAAGCUCAAGGGAACUGUGAACAUCCGUAUAUUGUCCGAUCUUCAGAAACGUGUGAUAGUGGCUCUAUACAUGUGGCGCGACCGCGUCGCUCGUGAAGAAGAUGAAUCGGUGGCCUAUGUAAUGCCAAAUCACGUGCUGAUGAAGCUUACAAAGCACUUGCCUGUACGCUCUGACGAGCUAUUUCGUGCUUGCCAUCCUGUACCAUUGCUUAUUCGUAAGCACGCGCUCCAGAUAACAAACCUGAUUGUAGCUGAGAAGGCGAAGCUUGCCGAGGACGAGUCAAAGAUGCAGCAAGAUUUGAAAGAUGCUGCUGUUGCAAAGCCAACAAGAAAGAUUUGGAAUGAGAAUGGAGAGGAAGAAACAGUAAUUUUAUCUAGUCUGAAGCGGGUAGGACGUGCUGAUUAUGCUCCUUGGAAGAGCGGCCAGCGCAAGGCUGACGUGACGAAAGCGGACACAGCCUCCAUUGGAUCUUCAUCCUCCGGUGUCCUCAAACCUAUGGGUCUUGGCGUCAAUAGUGUGGAGUCUGUUGCCAGCUCAGAGACAGCAAGUACACUUCUCGAGAAGGUGAAUGCCAUGGUUGCAAGUACAAUUUUUACAAUUGCAGAGAGCGACCGAGUCGUGAGUCCAGUCGUUAAGCGUCCAUAUUUGUCUGAGAUGCAUAGCAACGACAAAAUUGUUGCGGAUGACACCAAGUCGAAGAUUCCUCAGUCGAUUUCAGAGACGUAUCACAUGUCGAAUCGAUCCAAGCGACGGAAAACAACGCCCAUGAACACAUCGUCAGCAUUUCAAGUCAAGGAACGUGCACAGUUGUUUAGGCAAGAUGUUGAUAAAGCAGAUGUUAAUACUGACAAGGAUACAGCAGAAGGGAACAGUGACAUGCAGAGCUUUGAUUAUGCGGUAGCUAGCAAUGAAAUUCCAGCAGCUCAGUUUCAAUUAAACAAGGAAGAGGACAAUGGAAAUCGUGGUCAUCAGUACAAGAAGAAACAAGCAAGGUACAACCCAUUUGUAGCCAUGAGUGGUAAAGAUACAAAGUCCACGUACUCCAAUGAGUCUAAAGGUGUACAAAUGAACAAGAAGAAGCACCAUAUGCCAAGAAGUGCUACAUUCCGAUAA